UUAAGCCGGAGCCCUGCAGGCGCAAAGCGGCGCGGAUCGCCGGCUUUCCUGCGCGCCCCGGGCGGGGCCCCCCGGGCAGCCGGGCAGAGAGGCCGCGGCUGGGUUGGCCCCGUCGGGCCGGCGGGUUUUGCUCGGCGGCGGGGGCUUCUCCGCCCGCCCGGUCCCCCCCCCCCCCGCCGGAAUGGACUCUCCCACCCGCGCUCCGCGAGCGGGUCGGCGGCGGGAGGGUUAACGCGCGCUCGCGGGCUGCCUGGCGCCCGGUCCCUGCAUCCCCGCCGCAGCAUCCUUCCUGGCCGCCUGCCUCCGCGACGAGCGCCUGAGCCGCGCGCUGGGUACCACCGGCAGGACCGGUUCUCCUCAGCCCAACGGAGCUGCUUCCUGUACUGGCCAUUCUGUCUUUCUACCAUAAGCAGAGACGAAACGGAUGGGUGUGCAGUCCACGUCCUCACACAGUGGCCCUAGGACAGCUGUCAAGUCUUGCUCUUCCUCUCCCGCUGGAAGGCUGCAACGUGGCCCCAUAGGUUGACAGGGAUCCCACAGAGGAAGACGCGGCCGCCCAUCAGAGUGUCGGCUGGAACCCUAAGCUGUUUGCCCCACACGUUCUCCGUCUCUCUUUAAUUGCAAGAUCUGAAAAGGGUUCGCACGCGAGGCCAGAGCCAUGGACGAAGGCUUCAGGGACAGGACGGCCUUCAUCCGCGGGGCGAAGGACAUCGCCAAAGAAGUGAAGAAGCACGCGACGAAGAAGAUGGGCAAAGGGGUGGACCGGAUGCAAGACGAAUACACCAAGCGCACUUACACGCGCUUCGAGGAGGACGACGACGACGAAGACUACCAACCCCAGGAUGGCUACUACCGCGGGGAGCCGUCGGUCGACGACGAGGGGGCCUCCAGCGACGCUACGGAGGGCCACGACGAAGACGACGAGAUCUACGAGGGCGAGUACCAAGGCAUCCCCCGCAACGACUCCCUCAAAGGGGGGGACCACGUGACAGCCAACCAGCAGGUGGUGAGCGAGUUCAGGGACUUUGCCGACCUGGAAGCAGACAAGAAGAAGGAGAAGGAAGAGCUCUCCCAGCAGUACGAGCUGAUUCUGCAGGAGUGUGGACACGGGCGCUUCCAGUGGACCCUUUACUUUGUGCUCGGACUGGCCCUCAUGGCGGACGGGGUAGAGAUCUUUGUGGUGGGCUUUGUCCUGCCCAGUGCCGAGAAGGAUAUGUGCUUGUCAGACUCCAACAAAGGCAUGCUGGGCCCAGAGGCCUGCGGUUCAGCAGGGGACACCCUGGGGUUACCAUGGUUACCAAUGACACUGCCCGAGGCAGCCUCCUCUGACGGGGGUGGCCGUCUGGGGUCUCCGGCAGAGAAAGAGCCCCCCUCCCCUCCCCCGGCAGACCUGCAGCUUGAGAUCUUCAAACAGGAGAUGGUGGUGGGAUUCAACUGGUUCAGCGAACUAAGGAAGAAAUUAGCUACCGAACAACCUGCCAUGUCUAAUCAGUCGGAAGCGUCGUGGGCCAGAAAGAGCGACGGAAGCAAAGCAGAGAGCGUGACUCAUCCCGACGAGAAGAGAACUACCGGGCUGACCUGCCCUUCCCUCUCUUGCAGCAUUGGGGGCUCCAUCCCCAUCGUGUUCUCCUACUACUCCGAGUUCCUGGCCCAGGAGAAGCGAGGGGAGCACCUCAGCUGGCUGUGCAUGUUCUGGAUGAUCGGGGGCAUCUACGCGUCGGCCAUGGCCUGGGCCAUCAUUCCCCAUUACGGGUGGAGCUUCCAAAUGGGUUCCGCGUACCAGUUCCACAGUUGGCGUGUCUUCGUGCUGGUCUGCGCCUUCCCCUCCGUCUUCGCCAUCGGGGCGCUCUCCACCAUGCCGGAGAGCCCACGCUUCUUCUUGGAGAACGGGAAACACGACGAAGCUUGGAUGGUUCUGAAGCAGGUUCACGACACCAACAUGCGAGCCAAAGGGCACCCCGAACGGGUCUUCUCUGUGACCCACAUCAAGACUAUCAAACAGGAGGAUGAACUAGUAGAGAUCCAGUCUGACCGCGGGGACCCUGUUGCCGGCAGCUGGAUGGUCCGUUAUACGAACCUUUCUGUUUCAAGUGUGGAAGCUGAGAGGGAGCACCAGAAGCCUCCUGCUCUUGCGAUUAUUUCCCACUGGGAUUUCCUGGUGGCUGCAGACAGAAGUACAUCUUUACGACUGGAGGGGUAA